GCUCUCUCCACAAUCAUUUCACAGCAAGAGAGCGAGGCAGUCCGUCCGGGGGGAGGAAGAUGAGACACGUUUGACUCGAUAAAACAUACGGAAAUAGAGGAAUUACUCAGAAUUUUGAAACGACGGAGUCAAGGACAACGUUCGGUUACAAUGAGAGCGUGAGCUGGUUCACAGCUGAUUUAUUUAAAUAGUUUCUACACUAAAAAAGCUCAGCAAAUCUUUAGAAGAGAAAACUACGUAAACAAAGAAAUAUGACGUCCACUGAAGAGCCGUCUGGAACGGUCCUGCACCGGCUCAUCCAGGAGCAACUUCGUUAUGGAAACCCCACAGACACUCGCACCUUACUGGCCAUCCAGCAGCAGGCCCUGCGUGGAGGCAGUGGCAGCAACAGUGGACCCAGCAGUGGAGGUGACAUGGGCAGGAGCCCACGAUCCUCUUUGGAGAGUCUUACCCAGGAGGAACUUACUUUCCCUCAGCUCUCUGCAAGGCAGGAGCCUCAGGGCCAGGAGCACCAGGGGGACUACCACCACUCAGAGAGCAGCUACCAGCUCUACCAGCUGCAUGGAGAAGAACUUCCUACAUAUGAGCAGGCCAAGGCACACUCUCAGUACCUAGCCUCUCACUGGGGAACCACUGACUCCAUCAGGCAGCUUCAUGAGGACACUCUCCUACAUGAGGGGGCCUUCCAUGAAGAGACAGAUCUGAUGGCGCUAAAGUGCAGCCACGCACGGUCACUCAGUGAGCAUCGCAUGCAGAUAUCUCUGGAGAGGAGUGAUGCUGCUGUUAAGGCAGAGGCCCUCAAGAGCACUUCACACAGCUACCCUGAGCUUCCUUACUACUCACCCCAGAGCACAGGGCCCAGCCUGGACAAGCGCACCCCACCUCCAGAGUACUCAGUCCCCAUCCAGGGCCAAGGAUUUAUACAUCAGCAGGUCCAGGAACCGGUGCAAGCACAGCAACACAGGUUUGUCCAGUCUGGUCAGCCAGCUGAACUCCCCUGCUACAGCACAUUCACCAGCCUGCCCCCUGCUGGCUUGGAGGAGCCCAACCAGGUGGAGCUGCUGCUGAUAGAGAAUGAGAGGCUGAGGCAAGAGCUGGAAUCCCACAGAGAGAAAACCAGCCGUAUACAGAAGUUGGAGCAGGAGAUCCAGCGUAUUUCUGAGGCCUACGAGACACUGAUGCAGGGCAGCAGUAAGAGAGAAAACUUGGAGCAGACACUGAGGAAAAGGCUGGUGUCUGAAGUCAGGAGGCUACAGGAUUUCAACAGAGACCUUAGAGAAAACUUGGAAAAUGCCAGAACGCAUGUGGCAAAAGAAGUAGAAGUAGCGGACCACAACCAACACAUCAUGGCAAAGCUCCUUGAGCAAAACGAGGAGCAGAACUUCGAGAGGGAGCGCAUAGAGCGGGAGGUGCAGCGAUUGCGCACCACAGCAGAGGAGCAAAGUACUAGAGCAAAGCGACUGGAGGAGUCCCUGGAGGCCGCUCGUGGACGGGGUCGUCAGCUCGAGGAGGAGUUGAGGAGAAAGAGGGCUUAUGUGGAGAAGGUGGAGAGGCUUCAGAGCGCGCUAGCUCAGCUUCAGUCCACUUGUGAGAAGAGGGAGAGCCUGGAGAUGAAGCUGAGGACACGACUAGAGCAGGAGCUGAGGAGUCUGAGGGCACAACAGAGGCAGUCCCAGCCACCAGGAGUGACCAUGGGGUCCCUGCAAGAGCGUCUACGUGAGCGCGAGGAGCGAAUCCUGGCUCUUGAAGCUGACACGGUGCGCUGGGAGCAGAAGUAUCUUGAAGAGAGCACAAUGAGGCAGUUUGCAAUGGAGGUGGCUGCCACUGCUGCUGCUCAGAGAGACACCACCAUCAUUAACCACUCGCCCUGCCACUCCUCUAACAACAGCUUCAACGAGGAGCUGCCAGCCGCUGACUACAGGAAUCAGGAGAUGGAAAACAGGAUCCGUGCACUCUACGCUCAGAUCUUAGAAAAGGAUGCUGUGAUCAAAAUCCUCAAUCAGCGGCUACACCAGGACCAAGGGAAGAGGGAAGAGCAAAGUUGCCGUACAAAUCUCCUGAACAUGGCGGGGGCUCCUCUCCGACCUGCCUCCUCCACCCCUUCCAUCAGCAUCACAACCAGCAGCAUAAAGAGUAGAGGGAAGAGUCUUUCUGAUGAUCAGACUUUGCCUAGUUGCCAGUUCUCCGCUCACUCUGAACCUGGAACGUUAGAGCGGCAGGUCGAGGGAACCAAAGCCAGAGAGUCUGCCAGCACCAAUAAGCUCAACAAUGACAAGGCAGUGCCUAAGAAGUUGCUGUUAAACCCCUUCAGUGGCCUGGAUGAGCUGGAGUCAGAGGCAGUGGAAAUCUUCAUUUAAAGAGUUGGAAAGUGGAUUCUGAAUGAGAGACUUAAAAACUAAGAGAAUCUGUGAAGAGUUCAAGUCUUUGAAUAGAGAAUGGAGUAAAUAUUGGAUACACGAAUGUCAUGGACAAAGGCCCACGCACGAAAAAAGGACUGUUUUCACAUUUUAGAGAGAGAAAGAGAGAGCUGUGCUCUGACUCACACUUAACUCUCACUGAGCUGGACAGCUGCAGGCGGUCUGCUCAGCCAGGGGAGAAAAGACGAAUCUUCUGAGGUACACGGACAGUAUUGUGGAUUGUAAAAGGGCAACAUUUUCUCAGAGAGUGUGUGCCAAAAUAUUUAUAUAAUUAUAUAUAUUAAUGCUGCUUUUCCCCCUUAUGACCCUUUUUUUUAUCUCUUUUCUUAAUCCAAUAAAUUAAAAAGCUACAUAUUUAUCUAAUCUAGUUUCCAAAAUCCUCAAAUAUUAUGUUAGGCCUCAAGUUCUUUUAGGCAAAUAUUCAAUAAAGUUAUCAAUGUGACCUGCAGUCCCUCCCUCUUCUAAAAUAUACUGCGUUUAACUGAGUAACUUUAUUCCCGUCACAUGGAUCUUAUCUGUUCAGUAAGUCUUACCUGUUUUCAAUAAAUUAAGCUGACAAGACAUGAAACACUGCUGAUUGUAAUGCUCUCGCUGUCCAUGUGUCUUUAGCUGGAGCGGCUGGUUCUGCAGAAGCUUUAGAUACAUGUGAACAGUGAGAUGCAGAAUAUAUAAGACAAUUUGUUUUUGAUUUUUUUUUUUGCCAAUUGUUUGUUGUUUUGGGAGGUGUUGCAACAUGAUGUUGAUUUCAUCAUCUGUUGCUUUUUUCUGAUAACUUCUCAGAGUAUGUUUGCAUGUGUGAUUACAGUAUGUGAGUGUGUUUCCUGAUGUGGUGAUUCUGCUGGUUUGGUCACCACCACCAGGAAAAGAAGUUGAAAAACUACAGCGUGUUGUUUACUGUGAGCUUCAAACUAACAAACAGGUUAAUUAUUAUUAUUAUAAUUAUAUAUUUUAUACAGAUGUUUGUAUUAUUAUUUUAGAUAUUGUAGUGCUUUGAGCAGGAUGCCAAAGAGUUUAUGUAUGUUUGUUGUAAGUUAUGUGCCGACAAUCACGGUCAUGUCAAGCUGUACACAGCCGACUGAGUGUUGACUUCAAAAAAACAGACAUUUCUGUGAACUUCAACCCAUAUGAAGGUUUCUACUGUUGAAUUCAUGCAACAUUUCAUAAAGCAAUAAAAUAUUCUAAUACACAUACA